GUUAUUCAAGAAAAGGAAAAAGACAAUACAGAAAGAAGAAAGUUGACACGUGCAGGCACACCAUGCUCUCACCACUCUCCCUCUUCCUUUACAGCUUCCUCAUCCUCCUCCGUCCCACACUCUCACGCCCAAAUGACCCACCCACGGUCUGCAUCAUCGGCAGCGGCAUCGGCGGGUCCUCCGUCGCCCACUUCCUCCGCCGCUACUCCUCCGACCCCUUCUCCAUCCAUAUCUUCGAGCGAAACGGCGUCGUCGGGGGCCGCAUGGCCACGGUCAACGUCUCCGGCGAUAUCUUCGAGGCCGGCGCCUCCGUUCUCCACCCCAAGAACUUUUACGCCUUGAACUACACCCAAUCCCUCGGUUUGAAAUUCAAGACGCCCUCCUCCUCUUCUUCCAACUCUCUCUCUCUCGGCAUUUGGGACGGCAAGAAGUUCGCCUUCAAAACCCUACUUGUUCGCUCCGACCUCCCGUUUCUCGACAAGAUCGUCUCGCUCGCCAAUUCCCUGCUCAUGUUCUUGCGCUACGGCUUCUCGCUCCUCAGAAUGGAAACCUUCGUCGAGACUACUGUGGAUAGGUUCUUGAAGUACUAUGGAAGCCUUGAAUCCAGACCCGUUUUUGAGACCGUGGAUGGGAUGCUUCAAUGGGCGGGUUUGUACAAUCUCACCACCCGUACUCUUCAAGAGGAACUGGUUGAUGCCCAGUUGUCUCCCUUAUUGAUUCAAGAGCUUGUCACUGUUAUCACAAGAAUCAAUUAUGGGCAAAGUGUCUUUAUCAGUGGACUUGCUGGUGCAGUUUCAUUGGCAGGAUCUGGGGGAGGAUUGUGGGCUGUUGAAGGAGGUAAUUGGCAGAUGGCUGCUGGACUCAUUAAUCGUUCAGAUGCUGCAUUGCACCUCCAUGAAAAAAUAGAAUCGAUCUCUUAUCUUGGAGACUAUUAUGAGCUUAACUCUACGUUAGGAAAUAGUUACACAUGUGAUGUUGCGGCGGUUGCCACUCCUCUGGAUGAGUCGAAUAUUCAAUUUACCCCACAAAUUUCAAUUCCUAAGAGAAAAUUGCAGCACACACAUGCAACUUUUGUGAGGGGCCUUUUAAAUCCUGGAUAUUUUGGCCUAGAUGCUGUAUCAGAAAUCCCAGAACUGGUGGGCACAAUAGAGGAUCCUGAUCUUCCAUUCUCAAGCAUUUCAGUUCUCAAGCAACAUGGUGAGAAAGAUAUGACUUACAAGAUAUUUUCCCGUAAACCCAUGGCAGAUGUCUUACUGGAUAGCAUCUUCAGCGUGAGGCGGGAGACAAUUCGAAUUAAUUGGGGUGCUUACCCGCACUACAAUGCUCCUGAAGUAUUUGCAUCAUUUAUCUUGGAUGGUCGGCAUUUGUACUAUGUGAAUGCUUUUGAGAAUGCAGCUAGCACCAUGGAGACAAGUGCUGUUGCAGCGGAGAAUAUAGCACGCCUAAUCCUAUCAAGAUUUUUUAACCAACUACCCUUGACCUCAGCUAACAUGAGCUCAGAUUCUGAUGAACAGAUUUUGCAUUUGGAUCUGUAAAUUGUAAUUUAACAUGGCAAACAAUAUAUACAACUCAAACUGAUAUGAAGUAAUAAUAUCUUGUUUGGACACCGCCAUGUAGAAACCCAAAUUUGUGUUAUAAAAGGGCCACUCCUGCUUCAGUUUUCUUCA